CUUAUAGGCUAGUUUAAACAAAACUCUCCAAUGUUGCGAUAAAAGUCAGUUUUUGGACAUGGAACCUACAAGUAGAAAAGAGUUUUAUGAAUAUUGCUAUCCUGACACUUGUAAACUUGCCCCAAGCAGCCUGGAACAAAUAUUCAAUGGGUAUGGAGCCUUGGAAGCAGUAGAUGUUGAAUACAUUGAAAACUUGUCAAAAUUUUGUGUUCAAGCGAAAAAGCAAAGACCUCUUUUGGUAGAUCAGCACAACAAAGAUCUAAGCUGGAUCCUCGCACCAAGUACCCCAGUUCAGCCACUUGGCAAUCCGGAUCCAAUCAAUCAUGAUAUAAACCCACCUGUUCAAAUACUUAGCUUGUAUAAGGACAGGUUAACACAGAAUGAAGGAGAAUCUGAAAAACAAAUAAAACCAGAAUAUAACUUUAAACAACAGUUCCAAAACUUCAACCUUGACCAUUCGGAUAUUGCAAAACCAACUUAUGACAGGUUGAUAGCAAAUGCUGAUGACGUUUGUUUAAGAAAAACGAAUAGGGUUGGCAAGGGGAAGACUUUAGAUUUUGACCCUUCUACACUUGACAUUCCUGCAUCACUCCUCAAAGAGCUUCUUGAAGAAGAGAUCCGGGAGGACACCAAGAAAGUGAUCUUUGAUGAAUCCUACACGGGAGGUGCUCUUUCAGUGCUUCCUCUUCCUUCCAGUCGUUUUCAUGAGAAUGGAAUUCUAAUUCAUCCAUCUUCAACAUUUGAUGGAAUAAGCCUUAAGUUAUUUUCGCUCCCUACAAGCUACCAUAACCAGUAUAUGGAAACCAAUUCAAUUAUUGAGCCUCAAAUUAUCCCUGGAGCUAUACACAAAAUUCCUUUGGACGGUUGUGCAUUACAAACUGAUUGCGUCCAUGGACAUAAUUACAAACCACAAUACUUUGGUGUGAGGACGUAUCAUGAUGUAUUGGUAGCUUCCAUAGGAGAUGAUUGUGUUGUUUUUGAUGAUGACGAAAAUUUCAGCUCACUUCAGUUUUCUGACACUGAAAAAAUCCAGACAGUUGGCAAACUUCACAGUGAGUUACUCUUAUCUAACUUUUCCAUGAGUCCCCACAUAGAAGGUGAAGCGAUGGUUGCUACUUACGACCAGCGCAUGUUUUUGUGGGACGUUUCUCAACAUUCUGAUGUACUGAUUGAUUCCAAGACGGCUUCAAAUCCACAACUUGAAGAGAUACAUCUAUCACGUAACACACCAAGUAGUUGGAUGCAAGUUGAUUUCGCUGCCCACCCACGCCAAAUUUAUUUAGCUGGUAGAAAAUGUUUAAAUUUGCUUGACAUGAGAGGGCAAUCUACUAGUUCAAGGUUGCUGUACACACCAUGUCAUGAUAAACUUCCUGAUGAGAUGAUAAUGUGUAUAAUGAGUGCUUCAAAAUUCAACCGGUCACCCGCCACUUCAUAUAACGAGUUUCAAUGCUUCGUAGCAACACAGAAUCAUCUUUUAAUAAUUGAUCAAAGAUUUUGUAAAGAACCCGUGCUCAAAUGGUCGCUAAACAUGAGAUACCCAUGCCACCAUAUGGCUGCCACUACCUUACCAUCUCAAUCAGGCACUGACACCCAUUUACAUCACAUGCUGCUUACUGCCAACCAAAAUGCACAAGAACUACAUUGCUAUCAAUACCAUUCCCAAUUUGGAGUUACCAAACAAGUUACAAACACUAGACGAUCAAAUAAUAUUGUACAGCGCCCGCCUAUAUCUGUGUCUCUACCCAGAGCAUUGGAUACUAUAAAAGACAUACGUAGAUACCUUUGUUCAUAUACUAUACCAAAGCAUAGGGAUCGUAUAAUAAGAAGACUUCAGCAACCUGUUAUUGGAAGUAGUGCUUUUAGUUAUAAACUGUCGAAUGGUAUUCCUGGUGUUGCAGUAUUCCAAGUAAACUUAUAUGGGGAUAUCACUUAUCAGUUGCUGACGUUAUCUGACCCACAGCUGGUGUACGACAAUCAGAAUAUUGUUUCCGGGCAAUUUACUCAGUUUUCUGGCAUUAACAAACAAAGCAGUGAACUUGCAAUUGGUCAAAUUUACCAAACUUGGGCAGAGGCUGCCCAAAAAAGCAUUGACGAGAUUAAAGAACCAAAACCAGCAAAUUCUAAAAUCGUUUCUCAAAAAAUAGAUGCAUCUGUUUUUUCUGCUUACCAAUCUCUGCUACCUAAUUCUAAAUGCAUUGUUUGUAAAAAUACUGUCAUUAGAACUGGCAGUAAAAAAGUUAUUGACGAUUUGAGACUUCUUAGUUCAAAAAAAAUUAAUUUAAACCGUGAUACAACUCAUGAUCAUGAUACAGAUGAUAGUGAUUCACAAGAUGAUGUUGAAUGGCAAAGUGGUCAAACAAUUUCUCCAAAAAGUCGGACACCAACUUUUGACUCAAACACUCACUGUUUACGAUGUCGGGCUAAUUUAAAAACAUCGGAAAUGCUCCUCAAUGCUCAUACAUCUGGCAAGGUAAAAUGGAUUCCUGAAGAAGAUGAUCCAUUUGAAUAUGAAGAGCAAUCGUUAGAUGAAGAUUUUGAAGAUUUAGAUCUCAUUGAUACUUCAUGUGCAAAAAGUGGGGUCGGCAAAAUUUUAGUGGAAACUUGGGACGGUUCGUAUCAAGACAUGUGGGAUUCUAUGAACCAUGAGAGAAUGAUGGAAGAAAAGGCAGCAGAGGCGGAAAGACUGAAAGAAAUAUUCGAUUUAUCUGAGGGUCCGAAAACCCCACAAGAUUGUGGCAAUGUUAAAGCUGCUCAAGAAGUAAAUAACGAGAACACUUCUGUGUGGGAAAGUGAUAAUAAUAACGUUAUAAAAAAAGGGAAAAAUUAUGCUUCUUCUGAUUUAUUUGGGGAAAUGGCAUUGAAUGCUUCAGCUUCUAAAAAUCAAAAUAAAAGUAAAGAGAAAAUGAAUCUAUCCUUCAAGAGAACAUUUUCAGAAACUGAUUUUUCGAACUCUGUAGACCUCAGUCAAAGCAGAAAUAACCAAAACACGACCAGUACACCAGAGUUACAAUCUAAAGUAACAUCACUUGAUAAAAACGUUCAAAAAUUUUCUUUGUUUUCAAGUUUAAAGUUUUUUCCUCCAAAAAAUUUGUCUUCCUCUUUUAACGAACCAAAAAAAUCGAAGUCAAAUUCUCAAGUGAAGAGAAAAUCUUUUACACCUACUGUUGGGUUUCUUUAAUUGUGGUUUGAAAAUAGGAAAAGUUAAUCAAGUUUUUUUUUAUUUUAGUGGCAAUUUUUCGGUAAACAACUGUGUUUAUUUAUCUUUACCCUUCCUUAUUUUUUAUUGUAAAAUUUUGUUUGCAAAGUAUUUAUGAAAUUAGUUUAUAACUCUAAUUUGGAAAAUAUAUAAAUAUUUGUUGUGGUUCUCAUUUUCUAUCCUCAGGUUUGCAAUUAUCUUUGCCGUUUGCUUUUCAAGCUUAGGUGUGAAAUCAGUUAUUUCGCGGGUGGGGGGAGACGGGACACCUGAAGCAUAUGAUAUCCAAAUAUUCUGAUCGUGUUUUAAACAAUUAACAACGGUCUAUGAUGAUAUGGUUUAUAUUUAUUUGAAUGUUCUUUGUUUAACAUUAAACGAAACGAGAAAAUAGAAUGUAAAAGUGCCCAUCUCCCCCACCCUACUACAUGUUGUUUUUUUUAUUAUUAAAAACUCAAACCUUUCUACUGCCUUGAUAGAAAUUGUAUUAGUUUGUUUAUACACCAAAUUAUUUGAGGUA